CCCUCGAGAACAAACCAUCAUCACACUUCAAUCAUCACUACUACUUAACGCGGUCUUCUCUCUAAACUUUCUCAGCCACCACCACAGGAACAACACCACAAACAGCAGCAGAAGCAGAAAGCAAAAGCAAUCGAAGAUGCACUUCCACCUCAUCCCAGCCCUCCUCUCCAUCACCACCACCCUCCUCUUUACUCCCCUCGUCCGCGCCGACAACGACCUCGACUCUGACGAUGUCCCCGACCGCUGCUGGUCCGUCUGCGGUCCCGUCGUAGGCAUAACCCAGGGCUGCGACCACCGGUACGACGACAACGACCGCGCCGAGCUCAACUGCAUCUGCAACUGGGCCGAGGCACCUACUCUUCUGCCAUUGUGCGAGGCCUGCAUCGCCAAUUACCGCAGAGAGCAUGACCAUGACGACGACCAUGAUGCGCAUGAUAAUGAUGCCUACGACAUCCUCACCUCCUGCUCUCUGUCCACGACAACCUGGAACGCAGCGGCCGCUACUUCUGCCCUUCAGUCUGUGAACAGCACGAGUGCUACUGCUACCGCUACUGGCUCUGGUGCUGGGGCUAGUGGUACUGGCUCUGCGGCUUCGACCGGUGGUUCUGCUGCUGCCGCGUCUUCUACUGGUGAUGUUAAUGGGGCUGUUGGAGUGAGCGUUCCCGGGCUCUCGUCUGUGGCGGUGAUGUUGGCCAUGGGUAUGGGGUAUUUGGGUAUGGUUUGAGAUGGAUGGAUUAUUGAUUGAGGAAAUGCAUGGACGGUCAUGGUCAUGAGAAAUGAGUUUCAUAUUGAUGAGAUGAGAUUUUAACAUCUCUAGGAUACCUCCGUUGGUUAUCUGAUAUUCUAUCUUGGGGUGAUGUUUGUGAUAGCUGAGGGUGGAGGAUGAUAUAAGGGUGGCUAUCUUUGAUGGAUAGGUAUAGGACGUUCCUUACAGAAGUAAUACAUGAUUCUGCGCUUUGGUCUUGCUUCUUUGUGGUGUGCAUGUGGAUAGCUGUAUAUGCACAACAAUCAG